CAAAUACAUAGACGCUUAGAUUGUGAGUUGAAUAAAUGAGAAAUGAAUUUGCUUGUCUGGUCACCAUUUCGUAAAUGGCAAUAAACUCGCAUUCUAGUACUACAAAUGCUUGCCAGCACAUUCCAACUAAAAACAGGAGUCGUCGUCUUUCCGGACGUUGUUUCCCGGGCAUUUUGCCAGCCGUUACCUUCAAAAACAAACCCCACUUUUUAAUCCUCACCGCCCUUUAAACAACCCCCAAAAAAACAGCUCUCUCUCUCUCUCUCUAACAGAGAGACAUGCACCCCACGUUUCAUUGAUCCCGAAGGAACUAAAAAAAAAAGCCUAAAAACCAACAAAGGAAAUCUCCUCAUUGGUGCAAUUCACCCAAGGAAAAAGAAGAAGUCUAAAAGCUUUUCUUUUUUCUUCUUUUUUUCAAACUGUAAGCCUCCAAAGCCAUUUGGGUUUCUUCCCUUUCUCUAUCUUUUUCUAUUGAAAUUCCCUCCCCCACCAAAAUUCAAAGCUUUCCUUCCAUUUCUAAGAUUCUUCGCAUUCAUGAGUCUUCUCUCCCCUUCCUUUUUUCUUUAGUAGCUCUGUGAAAAUAAAGAAGUUUAAAAAAAUGGUUCGGGCCCUUGAUCGUGGACACAGCAAUCAGAAGCUGGUUUCAGGGAAAGGGCUAUACGAUGUCUCCGGACGGCACUCACACAACUUGAUAAUGGAGAAUGGGGAUGUGGAAGCCGAUGAGAAGGCGCCGUCCAAGAGUUGUAGAAUAUCCGACCGCUCCUUGGAGAACCGAUCGGUUGGAUGGGCGCUUGGACUGUCUGAUCAGGCUUCCAAAUCAAGAUUGGGGAAGGAUGGGGACGCGGGUGGCAGAGACCGGGUACAUUCAGAUGUGGAUCUCAUGAAGGAGAGGUUUGCAAAGUUGCUAUUGGGUGAAGAUAUGUCGGGUGGAGGGAAGGGCGUGUCAUCAGCUUUGGCAUUGUCAAAUGCCAUUACCAACCUAGCCGCUUCUGUUUUUGCCGAACAACGGCGUUUGGAACCCAUGCCUGCUGAUAGGAAAGCAAGAUGGAGAAGAGAAAUUGACUGGCUUUUAUCCGUCACAGAUCACAUUGUUGAAUUCGUUCCUUCCCAACAGAAAUCUAAGGACGGAACGUGUAUGGAGAUUAUGAUGACUCGGCAACGGAUUGAUCUGCACAUGAACAUCCCUGCCCUGCGUAAGCUCGAUGCCAUGCUCAUCGACUAUCUCGAUAACUUCAAGGACCAGAACGAGUUCUCGUAUGUAAAGAGAGAUAGCGAUGAGGCCGACAAAGGAAACGCUCAACAGAGGCAGGGUGACAAAUGGUGGCUUCCCCAAGUCAAGGUCCCGCCAGGGGGCCUUUCUGAUGUCUCAAGAAAAUGGCUUCAAUUUCAAAAGGAAUCCGUUAACCAAGUACUCAAAGCAGCCAUGGCUAUAAAUGCUCAGGUUCUAUCAGAAAUGGAGAUCCCCGAAGCCUAUAUUGAAUCCCUUCCCAAGAAUGGACGAAUGAGCCUUGGAGACUCCAUAUACCGAAGCAUAACAGUCGAGUACUUUGACCCUGUACAAUUCCUAUCGACACUUGAUCUGUCAACAGAACACAAGAUCCUCGAUGUCAAGAACCGAAUUGAGGCUUCCAUCGUUAUUUGGCAGAGGAAGAUGAACAGCAAAGAUGGGAAAUCUUCCUGGGGUUCAGCAGUGAGCAUGGAGAAGAGGGAGCUCUUCGAAGAAAGAGCGGAGACCAUCUUGGUACUUCUCAAGCAGAGAUUUCCUGGCAUUCCUCAAUCCGUCCUCGACAUAAGCAAGAUCCAAGAAAACAAGGAUGUUGGACAGUCUAUUCUAGAGAGCUACUCAAGGAUACUAGAAAGCUUAGCUUUCACAGUCAUGUCCCAAAUCGACGAUGUCCUCUACGCCGACUCUCUUACUCAAAACCCAUCGCUAUCAAAAUUGAAAUCGAACAAACGAACGGCGUUAUCCGAUAUGCCAGUGAAGGGGCCAGUCAAGUUCCCAAACCCUGGAGAAGAGAUAGAGAAGCUAAAUGCUAUGGGAACCCCCAAAUCAAUGACACUCUCAGAUUUCAUGGGUUGGCAUUUGGAUCAAGAGACAGAGAUAAAGAAGGAAUCCAACAAUUUGGAAGACAUAUUGAACUCCGCGGACAUGAAAUUAAUGAACAAGCCUGCUAACAUUGUGACUAACAAGAAGAUUUCUUAUAUAGAGAAGCUUGAGAACUUGGGAGGCUUGAGAAGCCCGACGGCUCGACAUUGAAAAAAAGUUCUAGAGGGAGUUCUAGAGAGAGAGAGAGAGAGAGCUUCAAAUUCCAAUUGUAUCCAUAUUCCAGACUCAUAAGGGUGCGUGCAUUUGGAUGCUUGUGUGAAACGAAUUGCAAUAACCCAAUUCAAUAGAGGAAAUGAUUAAUAUGGAAUGUGGGUCUAGCCUCCAAAUUGAAAUGCAUGGAAUUGCAAUUGGGGGUUUGAUUGUCAUUAAGAUUUAAAACGAUGUACGCCCACUUUGGUCAUUGAGUUCAGUUUUGCAAUUCAAUUCAAUUGAGCAUCCAAACACACCCUCAAAGAGUCAUUGGUUCUGACUGAAAUGUUGUGCUUCCUUCUCUAUGUAGUAGAAGGGGGAGUGCUGCUACACACUGGGUUUGAUGCAUUUGGUUGCGGCUUUCAGUUGUAAUUUCAGUGGCUUUGUAGACCUGUAGCUUCUGAUAUCUAUUGAUUCUGACUUUCUUUUCUACAAUGUGGCUGUUGGUAGUUACAAUUAUUCCCAAAAUGCCCUCAAAGCCA